AUGCUGAAGGCUCUAGGCUUUUCUUCUCCUGAUGAAAUCAUAAGGGUUUCUUGUCUCACUUUAAUAAAACAGAAAAUAUAUAAAAUAACAAAUUGGUCUCAGCACUUCUACAAGUUUGAACUCCAGAAUUCAGGGUCACAAUCUGCUUCUGGUGGAGAAAGGUCAUUAUUCAGUGCAAUUGAACUAUACCAGCUUCGAUAUCCAUGUGGGCCAGUCUCGCUCAUUUUUUGUCACCAUGGAUCAGAAUGCAAAGUGCAUCCUGGAGCAUGGACCGCUGUUCUUGCAUCCCUGGAUAAUGCUGCAGCUCUUGUCCCGGAAGUGGUAUCUUGUGCAGAAGGUUCGGAUGAAGUUGCGCAGAAGAUCCUUGUCAAUGGGGUACAGGAAUUGGCAUUAAGUGCGAAGGCAGUUGUUUAACGGCUGCGGUGAAGUUUUUUUGCAGGCUGUGCAGAACAGAGUUACUAAAGACCAGAGUUGAAUGGGACACCUGUAGCUGGAGCCACGACCUUCCCGCUAUGAAGUUGUCAACAGUAAACCUCGACGCUUCAGCCGCACUCCUGAUGACCCUGUAACCCCGCCAUUUCACCCUCCGACCCGUCGGAGCUCCAGGACCCGUGUUCCCAUACUCGCCGUAGUACAGAGUAUCCAACGCAAAGUCCCGCGUCCCACUCGAGCCAUCCCGCCGGAUCAACCAGCGAGUCGAGGUACGUCCUCAUGAACACAACGCGGGAGUACUUCUCCAGGGCCUGCCCAAGAACGUCCUGAACGAACCGACCACCGGUUUCAGGUCCGCGGCAGCCAGGACCCGAGAGUUGUGGAUCGAGAUGCCCGUGUUCUCGUUCGUGUCGUCCUGCCCUGCGCCGUGAUCGUGAUCUUCUGGCUCUUCAUCGGCCGCCUCGCGUAGAUCAUGCAGUUCUGGAGGACGGCGGCGGCGUUGCCGAAGAUGAAGUCCACCGUGCCGUAGAUGUAGCACUCUCUGUAGAACUGGCGUUGGGAGUGGACGUAGAGCGUGUCCUGGUAGCCCUCGAUGCUGCAUUGGUAGAAUACCGACCGGUCGGAGUCCGAUCGGAGGGCCACCGCCUGGUGGUUCUGUGGACCGGCGGUGUUGCGGAAGGUGAUGCCGCGGGCGAUGAAUCCGGCGCCGUUCACCGCUGCAAUUGUGUGCGGGCGGAUGGGUUAGGUGACAGGGUUUUCUUAAUCCGAAGUGGAAGAGGAUUAUGUCACGGUCAGGUUUUUUCAUUCCAUUGACAUUUUGUAAUUAAUGUGUUUCGUGCUGCUCCAAUAAAAGACAUAAAUAUGUUUCUUGUUGAGUUAUAGAAAGGCAGUAGCCCAAGUACCUAAAACAUUAUUUGUUAAAUUCCUGUGGAAGUCUAAAUGUCUAAUCAUAACUUGUUUUCUUUUUAAAGAAAUGAAAGAGAUUAGGA